CCUAAAUUAUCUAUUUUCCUUUGGAGUUGUACCCAAAAAAGGGGGAAACGACCCGUAAAAGGGCUCCCAAAUCACUCUUACCAGUCACACACUACAUUUCAAUCCGCCGUCUUUCACCGCUUCAACGACGGCGGCGUUCGCAGCCGGCGACUUCCUUCGGUCAUCCAUUCCAAAUUUACGGGAAAUGCAGGGUGUAUUACUUGUCUCGAAGGAAUCUCAAUUUCUUCUUCGGAUAUUUAACGGGAGUUGUCAAACCCUAGACAUCAUCAAAGAUCGCAUCCUUCAUACUUUUGCCGAUUUAUUCAGCUCUAAAUCUAAUUUGGAUGUUAUUACCAUGAGACAAGGUGAUGUAGUGCAAAGUGUGAUUCGGGAGGUGCAAGGAUCAGAAGAUUGGUCGUCUAAAGGGAACGAAUCGAAUGGAGAAGGGUAUUCGACUGUAGGUUUUAAUGUGUUGGAUGCGAUGUUGAAGCAUAGUUUGGAUCGUUUGAAGAGUAUGAGGGAAAGAAUAUCCUCGGUUGAAGGCAUUAGUAAAUGGACCUUGGAAAUAAAUUUCAAUAAUGAUGCAUAUGUUAUUAGAGCUAUGUGUCUGGAUGGUAAACUGGGAGCAGCGUUAUCUCUUUGGUGUAACAUGAUAGAGAAUUGUAUUGUUCCUGAUGUUAUUACACAUAAUUACCUCGUCAAUGGACUCUGCAAAAAGGGUGAAUUGGAGAAGGCAGAAUGGAUUGUUAGGGGUAUGCUAUAUAGGGGCCCUUAUCCCUCUUGUGCUACGUACAACUCGUUAAUAAGGGGUUAUUGUCACAUAAAUGAUGUCGAUAAAGCUCUAAACACCUUUUCUACCAUGGCCAACCAUGGGAUUGUACCAAACAGAGUUACGUGUAACAUCCUUGUUCAUGCGCUUUGUAAGAAGGGCUUGGUGGAGGAGGCGAAAAAGCUUUUUCAUAAAUUACUAAGCAAAAAUUAUGAGGCGGGGAGUUCAGAUUUGAUAACAUCAACCAUAAUGAUGGAUGGCUGCUUUAAAAAUGGAGAUACUGAUCAAGCUCUUGCUUUUUGGGAGAGGAUGUUAAAAGAGGGUGCGGAAGUUGAUAAAGUUUCUUACAAUGUUGUUGUCCAUGGAUUCUGUUUGAGCCAUGACGUUGGCACUGCAUAUAAGUACUGUUGUGAAAUGCUAAAGCUUGGUUUCUUUCCAGAUGUUUAUUCUUAUAACACUAUUGUUGGAGCAUUAUGUAAAAAAGGAAAUACCAGUGAUGCUUGUUAUAUCUUUGAUGUUAUGGCAAGAAUGGGUGUCAUCCCGGAUCAAAUUACAUACAAAAUGAUAAUACAGGCUUUAUGUAUUAACAGGGAGGUCGAUAGAGCCAAUUGUUUUCUUGAUUACAUGUUAGAGAAUUCCAUUAUACCUGAGCCACUUGUUUGGAAUGUUAUACUUGAUGGUUAUGGAAAAUGUGGAGACUUACAAAAAGCUACAUACAUUAGAGACAAAAUGGCUGCAAAUGGUGUUCUGCCGAACAUAUAUACAUAUAAUGCAUUAAUUUAUGCGCAGAUAAAGUCGGAAAAUCUUUUUGCAGCUCAGUCCUUGGAGAAAGAGAUGCUUUUAUAUGGUCUCACCCCUGAUUCAGUUACUUACAAUCUGUUGAUAGGUGCUGCUUGUAAUCAUGGCCUGAUUCAGUUAGCACUUAAGCUACAUGAUGAAAUGCUGAGAAAAGGUUGUCAGCCAGAUGUAAUUACUUACACAGAACUACUUAAGUGGUAUUGUCUGCGAGGUAUGAUGACAGAGGCAGACAAGCUCUUUGCCAAGUUGCUGGCAUCUGGUUUAGCAGUUGAUCAUGUUCCGUUUCUAGUACUCAUGAAAAGAUACUGCAGAAUGAGAGAAUUUGAUAAAGUCUUUGACCUUUACCAGAAGUGGUCUGAGACAAUGCCUAGAUGAGUAUGCUUCCCCAGGAGUUGUUAUGAAGUUAAGGGCUACUCUAUCUGUAUUUAUUCCGGAGGGGAAAGCUUCUUCAGGGAAUAGGAAACUGAAUGCCACCGAUAAGACUUUAGUAUGAAUUGUCUGGUGGGGACAGUGGAUGGUGAAACACGAGACUGUCUAUGCUAGAGGAAACAUUGGGAACAUCAUUUUACGACAGGAUGAGAGGAAGAUUGGAAGAGUUACGAGAUCCAUUUUCUGAUGAUGAAAGAAAAAGUUGCAAGACAUGUUGACAAUUGACCAAUAAUUGGUAGCUUUUGUCCAAAAGUUCAUGCAUCUGAGAUGCAAGAUUGACUCAAAAGAUGACAUUUUAGCUCACAUGAUUCUGGUCCUUUCAAAUGCUUACUCUAUGAGGGCCUUAAUGCAAAACAAUUACAUUUUAGAUAUUCACAUUACAUUUUACUCAUACCAAUCUUACCGUGAAUCUUUGCAUUACUAAGAGGGGUUAGAGUUGUUGAUUUUUUUUUUAGCCUGGGUAUCUUUGCAAAAAUCGUACUUAGGUACACAGGGAAACUAUUAGUUUAUUAGAAAGGUGAAAAAAUUCUAGUCAGAUUUCUACUCCUUUGUUUGUAUGCAUAUUCAAACACGAGCAGUUUGUAAAGGUAGUAUUUUCUUUAAUCUGUCUGCUGUAGUUGUUGUUGAACCUUGUAUCUACAUUUUUAAUUGAUUGUGCAUUAUUUAAGCAGCAGAAGGCAAAUCUAAAUAAUUUUUUUUAUGUGGGAUUGAGGUCAUUGACACACUAUCUGUGUGAUUUGCUUCUGUGUGCAGGUGUUAAAAGAUUCAUUUACAUCUCUGCUGCAGACUUUGGUGUUGCAAAUGCCUGUUACAGGGUUAUAUGAGGGAAAGACAUUUGCCCAAGACUUUCAAGCGACUCAGAAGGUGUUUGGAAGCUUAAAAACACUUUUCGGCUUAUUUCUGGUGUCCGAGGGCAGCUGAAAAUGAACUGCUGACCAGGUGUAUGGAGGCAUGGAAAAGAAUCUAGUCAUCCUUCAGGACAGGGUUCAAAACAAUUAUUUUCUUCCUUCCAAUAUAAGAUCUUGCAACAUGCGAAACCGCUGAGUCAAAUUCCCCUUGUUGGGCUGUUGUUUAUCCCUCCUGUAAAUUUGAUUGCAGUUGGAAAAGUUGCUGUGAGAGCAGCAACAAACCCUGUAUUCCCUCCUGAUGUCAUUGACGUUCAUGAAAUCUUACGCUGCAGCCAGCAGAGAACUGUAUAGCUGAAUGAUUAAUAGGAGUAGAUGAUUUAUCCUCUAUUUCUUUUCGCUUUGGUAUUCCAGUUUGCAUUUUGCAAUCAUUACUCGUUUGAUCUCUUUUUACUAUGUAUGAUGUUUAAACAAAAAAAGGAAAUAGGAAGAGGAUAAAUAAAAAUGAAGCACAGAGAUGGCAGGUUGAGUUGCUGCGAAAAUUCCCAAUUGA